AUGGCUGAAAAUCCGGCUCAAGCCAAUGUUAGUGCAAUCUCGGCAAAUCAAAACUCUCCAGAUUCUGAGAACCGAAGAUUUCGGCCUGAAAUUAGAGAACAGAACACUGAUACUGAAUUGUAUAAUCGAGUUUAUCAAGAGCAUAAUUCUUCAGAUGUCCGUAAACAUCAAGACAAUGGUGAACAUGAUAAUUCCGACUAUUCUCAGUCAAGUUCAAACUCCAGUCACUACGUCAGGCGUCAUGGUUAUAAGGAACGGUCUAGACGAAGAUUUACGAGAGGUCCAAGUCGAAGUCGGAGUCGAAGUCGGAGUCGAAGCCGUAGCCUAACAAGGAGCAGAGAUGGCCAUCGAACUUCUCGCUGGAAAGAUGAUUCGCAGGAGCGAUACAGCAGAAGAUCCCGGCAUCGACAUAGCAAACAUGACAGUGAGAGCUAUAGUGAUGAUGAAGAUACUUACAAUAGACGUCGUAGAGACAGGAAAGACCGUGGCGGUGAGAGUACUUCGGUAGCUAACGAACCUAGUCCCAAAUCCAAAUCUACUGAAGAAUCUAACGAGAAUAGCAAGCCAAAGAUUGAUGCUUCCGCAGCGAUUGCUGCUGCUGCUGCGGCAGCCGCAAAAAUCAAUGCUCAGCUUGCGAAUAUGGCCCAACAAAGCCGGUCAAAUAAAAGCACAACCCCUCCAGCACAAGCUGCACUAACAACCCCAGUUUUGCCCAUUCGAACUAAAACUUUUACAGAAAGAGUUGAGAUUAAUGACUUGAGAAACAAAUAUCUUCUGACUAAAGAACAGACUCUGGCUACAAUAAAAGAAGAAACAGGAGCUACAGUGAUAACAAAAGGACGGUACUAUCCUGAUAAGUCUAGGGCUUCUGUAAGGGAUCCUCCACUAUAUCUGCUAGUGGAAGCUCCUGAUCAAGCCUCCUUGGACAAGGCAAUAGCGCGAAUUGAAGAUUUUGCCAAGCAAUUUUUGGGCCACCUUGUGGAUGAAAAUCGAUUUAGACGACGAGAUAUGAUGCAUCUAUUUGAAGGAGGAGAAGAGAGAAAGGCGAUAAUGGGUGCCGAGCCUGUUAGUGGUGCCAAUAGUAUUGCCGUAAACGGAAGUAAGCUUGAAGAGCUAUCAACCUCGACACCGUCGCCAUCGCUACCUCACCCCAUAGCCUCCCAAGCCAUCCCUGCAUCUCGGCCUCAUCCGACAGCAAUUCCGGGCUCUUCAGAUAAACAAUACUUGAAUGCUAGUUAUCAAUCUGUGACUCUCAUGUCUGACAGACCAGGUUAUUUUGAGACCAAAGUUGGAGUAGAUAUAAAAACACGUCAGUCUCCUAAGCAGGUUUAUGAAGCUAUUCUUGGUGAGAAUAGCCAAAAUAUUAAUCAUAUUGCGAAUGAAACUUUAACCUCAGUUGUUGUGAAGGGUAUGGGAUCAGGUCAAGAUGAGGCUCUAGAUCUUUAUAUCCACAUAUAUGGACACAGCAAGGAACAAGUUACAAAUGCGCGAACCAUAUGCAUGGAUUUAGUAACUGUAAUGACGGAGCAACUAGAGAGUUUGUUUCCUUCAGAAGAUUCAUCGACGACAAACUUGUUAUCAACCAUCGCAAAUGAUAAUAGUCCAACUGCUGCUAGUCAGGAAGGUGGCGCUGCUUUUCAGGCUGACCAUCGACCGUCGCGGCCACUACCUCCACCUCCACCAGCUCGCCCUCCUCCCCCAACCAUGCCACCUCCACCCCCACCCCCUGGUAUGCCAUUAUCAAAACCAGUCCGUGCACCACCACCGCCUCCACCUUCUCCUCACCUACAGGGUCCUCGUAAACCUCCAUUGCCCUGA